AUGCAUCGAAUUCAUGUGUCUCUAUUGCCAGCUAUGAUAUACCACAUUUGGAGCAAUAGGAACAAUUGUCUCUUCAACAAAUUUUCGAGUACAGCUUCAAAAAUCACACAAGAUAUCAAAGAUACAAUGUCUAUAGCUGGGUCUAGGUUUGGGUCCGGGGCUGUGGCCUGGGCCAAGGCCGGGUUCAGGUUCAAGUUCGAAGCCGAGUUUGGGUCUAGGGUCGGACCUGAGUCCGCGUCUAGGGCUGGGGCUGGGGCUGGGGCUGGGGUUGGGCUCGCAUUCGUGUCUGCGUCCAGGGUCGGGCCUGGGUUUGAGGCAAGGGUCGCAGCCGAGGCUGGGUCCGGGGCCGGGGCUGGUUCUGGGGUUGGGUUUAGGGCUAGCGUUGGGUCUGGGGCCGAGUUUAGAUAUAGGACCAGGGCGGGUCUAGGGCCAGGGCCAGAUUCAGGACUCAGGUCAGGUCUAGGACUAGGGCUGGAUUUGGGACUAGGGCCUGGUCCAAAGCUGGUGUCUGGGUCUGGGUCUAGGGUCUUGGGCCAAGUCCGGGUUUGGGGUCUAGGUUGGGAUUAG